CUUCUCGUGACUUUUCAGCGUUCUCUCUUCAUCUGCAUCGUCUUCGACACAUCUUGCAUCAUAUAUGGUCGACAAACUGAUGAGCAUGUCUUUGGAUUGUCUCAGAGCCCGUCCCCCACGAGCCAGAUUCCCGCUUCUUGCGCUGCCGCUCGUUGCCCUUCUCGUCACCGAAGCAGCUACUGAGUCGGCAUCACGGUCAGGCCGCCUGGAGCCCCCCCGCCCUGCAAUGCUGCACCUCCAUCACAGGGGCUCGUACCUUGACGCAGAGGCCACAGAGGACGGCAGCGGUUACUCGUCCGCAGAGGUCGGGGGCCGACAACACGCCGACAGCGACCGUUCCUCUGUGGACGAGGCGAUGCCUGCGCUGCUGCUCGAGUCGUUUCUGCGCGACGUGCCUGACGCCGCCUACAUCCAUGCGACUGCAGGGAGGGGUGCGGCGGGCAUGAUCGCCUUGGUGACGGUGCACUGGUAUGACGGGGCCGAGGCGGACGACUGGGACAGGAGCGUUGAGAACCUCAUGAGCUACGCAAAGGUAUGCAUACCUACAGUGAGUGCAUCCAUCAAUCAAUCCACUUAUUCAAUUCAGGCAUUGAUUGCAUUCGUUGUCCAUCUCUGUCUGUCUGCCUGUCUGUCUGUCUGUCUGUCGUCUAUCAUCCCCUCCCUCCCUCUGCUGCAUGGCAUGCAGCGUCACGGCUAUACCGUGAUUAUCGACAGAAAGGAGCCUCAAGCGGCGGACUCCCAGGACUCUGGCGGCUGGUUCUGGUGGUCAUGGACCGCCCCCAACACCACCAGCAGCAGCAGCAGCAGCCCCCUCGCCCCGCGCAAGUCCGGUCGCGUCGGGCAGCGCAAGAUGGAGCUCAUGAGCUAUGCCCUGCGGAAGGGGUACCACACGGCGGUGUGGAAAGACGCCGACGUGCUCUUCAUGGACUGCGACCAGCCGAUCGAGUCCAUCCUCGCCCGCUGCCCCCACAAGAGCGGCAUCUUCUUCUCGGACGUCUCCCGAACAGCCAUCUGCAGCGGCACGUUCAUUCUCAGGAACACGCCCUACUCGCUCAAACUGCUCAACGAGAGCCACCAGGUGGAGCCCACGGCCCCCAAGCCGCUGCAAGGCGACCAGACCGCCAUUGUGUUUGUGCUACUGGGCAAGCCUGACAAGUAUCGCCACAACCUGGGCCCCUGCAUCGACAGCCUGUGUGUGGGGGCGGCGUGCUUCGAGUUCUUUCCGAAGGAGACGGAAGACAACAUCUGCAUCUUGGAGCACAACGACUUUGGCACCAUCUCGUGUGGACAGUACACAGGUGAGUGAGGCCUUUUGUCUCCUGCGAAGACACGAUGCGAUGCGUGUGUGCCUGGAUGCGGUGCGGUGCAGAGGGGGAGUUCGCGCUGCACUUCGCCGGGACAGGCGGCAAGAAGCACGAAGAGAUCAGGGACUUCUCGGCACUCAGCACAUGCGCCGAGCCAUACACCCUGGGAAAGCCCCUCCACAUCUACUCGGCAGCGCUCAAUGCCACCAUGGCCCGUGCCUUCUCACUGCAAAAACACCAAGCCAACGACACUCUGAGCACCGGGGAGCUCUUCUGCAGCAGCACCGGCGUGACACACACGAGCCGCUUCCCCUUGGGCAUCCCCAUCUCCCUGCUGCCCGUUGCGAGCGAGUUGGAGGCACUGAGGGCACUGCAGAGCGAGAUAGAAAGGACCGAAGCCGACAAGGACGACGUCUUCAUGCUGACGGGGCCGACAGUGUGGUUCCAGAAAGACGCCGCGGACAUUCUCAACACUUACCGCACCGAGUUCCCCACUCGUCCGAUGGUGCUGCCGAGAUGGAACGUCACGGCCAACACCCCAUCGGACUGUGUCCUGGCGAGGUGGCUCUUUCCCCUUUUCGUGACGGCAAGGGAGAUGGUGGUUAUCUGGCUGCUCAUCGCAGCUAUCACCCAGCUGCAGCAAGCCGCCAAGCUGUGUGACGGCGACAGCUUCCGUCGGGCUGUCGACAGCUUGGGCGUGCGGUUCGACGAUGACCAGAGGCUGUCUUGCCUCCUGCAACGGCCCACAACCCAGGUCACCGCGACUCUGAAAGACGCUAACGGAUCUUCAUAUGAGCCGGCUGUCGUCGUGCUGGACCACAGCACUCGGUCGCUCCCCCUCCCGCACCCCCAAACAGCUGAGUGGAGCCGGGACAAGCUGACCAGGUUUCUGAAUGUCCCAAGUGCCACCCCGCCCCAUCCCCCCUUGCAGUGGGAGAGAGUGCGCUAUGCGUCUCUAUGUGACGUGGAAGGCAAGUAUAAGAAAAGAAAGUGUGUGGGUGAGUUGGGCGACCAUCCAGGUCCGACGAGGACCCUGCCCCCGACACCGACUCAACCGGCAACAACCACACAGCCACCACAGAGAUAGUGAGUGAGAGGGGCGGGCGGUGACUGACAGUGGGGCUUCGGGUGGGGUGCAUGUGUCUGUCUAUGCGACUGUUACUGACGGUGGGUGCGUGGGUGUAGUCGAGCAGGUGUGUGCAGGGUGAGUGG